AUGGUCACCUCCAACUCCAGCAACCAUCCCACCACCAUGCCACCAACAAACUGCACCCUGCUCGAGAUCGCACCAGAACUCCGCCUCCGAAUCUACGAGUACACCUUUGGUCCUGGCCCUCUCAAACCCGGCUUAGGACUGCUACGCACCUGUUCUGUCAUCAACAACGAAGCAAAGCCCAUCUUCGGUCACUGUGCCCGCCUUCGCGUUAAAACAGUGAUGGCCGAAGCCAAGAGAUGCUUGGGGGUUAUGGACUCGAUUAUUGACGGAACUUAUGACCCGGAGAAGCCGUAUGUUGCUGGAGGAGAGGAGGAUGGCGAGAAUUGA